AUGACGUUGCCGCCGGCGUUGCAGAAAUCGCUGGAGGCGGAAGAGGUGCAAGUGACGCCUCUCCAGGCCUCGGUGUGGUCUGAGGCACGGGCCGGUGCUGAUCUGCUAAUCGAGGCGAAAUCGGGCCCUGAAACCACCACCGCCCUGGCCGUGCUGGUUCUCGACCGCCUCGUGGCGGCGAUCUCGUCUGCCGAGGCUGCCCUGCCCCGCUACGCGAGGAAGAGAACCAGCUCGUUCAGCGGCCUCAGCGGCCUCAACAGGAUCGUCAGCAGCGUGCUCCGGACUACUUCCAGCAACAACAACGGCAAUAGCAAUGUCAAGGAUGGCGAAAGCGACCUUUCCACCGCCAACGGUAGCAGCGGCAGCGGUGGCUUGCUCAAGCCGCAGCUGUGCGCGCUGGUGCUCACCAAGAACAGGGAGGUGGCCGCCGGCGUCAAGGACACGCUCCUACGCCUAGGGAAGACCAGCGUCCCCAACCUGACCAUCGCCUCCCUCGUGGGAGGCAUCGCCGUGUCGGAGAACGCCCAGACGCUGUCGGCGGGGUGCCACGUUGCGAUUGGGACGCCGGGCCGCGUCAAGUUCUUGAUCGACAAGGGGGUGCUGGUGGCGGACACGGGCCGGCUGCUGGUGCUGGAGUCGGCCGAUUGGCUCAUGGCGCCGGUGUUCAUGGAGGACGUCGAUUACGUUGUCCGGAGGUUCCCAGAGGAGAAGCAGGUGGUGCUCUCCUCCACGGUGAAGCCUUCCGUGGCGUUCGAGGAAGGGCUGUGCGAGAUCCUCGGCGUGCCGGCGCUGAAGCGGCUCGAUCCGAGCGGCGCCAUCGAGGAGGCCCAGGUCCGCAUGCCGGAACCCCCCCCGUCGCCCACGCCCUCGUCGGCGCUGCCUUCGGCGGCGGAGGCGGCGAAGGCGGCGGUGGCGAAGACGGCGGCGGCCAAAGCAGCGGCGACGAAAGCGGCCGCGACGAAAUCGAC